AUGGAAGACAGGGUACAGUAUGUCUACGCUCUUUUGGGCCUCUUGGCUUCGUUUUACUUCAUCUAUUGGAAAGCUGACCCGUUGCGACACAUCCCCGCGAUCGGCCCGUCUGCGCCAAUCCUGUCCUACCUAGGUGCAUACAAGUACUAUCACAAUGCUCAGGAGGUCCUCCUAGAGGGCUAUAACAAGUACAAGGUCUUCAGAGUCUCUAUGCUUGACCGGUGGGUGGUCGUUGUGAGCGGCGCCGAUAUGAACGAGGAACUCCGGAAAGUUCCUGACACGCACGUCUCAUUCGUAGAAGCUGUGGACGAUUUCACUUACAUGAAAUAUACUGUUGCGCCCGAUGUUAUCGAGCAUCCACUCCACAUACCCGUGGUUCGCGGACAGCUCACCCGCAAUCUGGGUUUGAUCUUUCCCGACGUUGUGGACGAGAUGGAAGUUGCCUUCCCGGAGGUCAUGCCAAUGCCAACCCAGGAUGACGAAUGGGCAGCCUUUCCGGUCCGUGACACUAUGGCAGCCAUCGUUUCCCGGAUCAGCAACCGUGUUUUCGUCGGCCUUCCGUUAUGCCGUGACCCAAAGUUCCUGGACACUCUCGUCGAAUAUGCACUCUCUGUCGCGAAGGCGAGGGAUAUCCUGAGCGUUGUGCCGGGUUUGCUGAAGGGCAUUGCGGGAAACCUCCUGCCCUGGUCUAAGCGUGCCAUCCGGCAUGCCACAGCUUAUGUCGAGCCAAUGAUACAAGAGCGCCUUCAGAACAUGCAGAACGUCGGCGACGAUGAUGCAAAGAAGCCGUACGACUAUCUCACGUGGCUUAUUGAAGAGACGCAGAAGGCAAAACAGGACCCCAGCCUUGUGAUCCAGUUGAUCCUACUCUCAAAUUUCGCUGCAAUUCACACGUCAAGCAACAGUAUCACACACUCGCUCUUUAAUCUUGCUGCGCAUACCGAAUAUAUGCAGCCGCUCCGCGAAGAGGUCGAAGCUGUGAUUCAGGAACAUGGCUGGACGAAAAACGCCAUCGACAAGAUGUGGAAACUGGACAGCUUCAUGAGAGAGUCGCAGCGCCUGGGUGGUAUCGCCGGCAUUUCCGUGAUGCGCAAGGUUGUGCAGGACAUCACCUUGUCCGAUGGCACAUAUCUACCCAGAGGAACUAUGAUUGUCGCCGCGUCUUUAGGCACUCAUACCGACGAGAAGUACUACAAGAACGCUGAGGCGUUCGAGCCCUUCAGGUUUUCUGAGAUGCGCAUGGAGGGCGAUGCAGUCCGCAAGCAGUACGUGAAUACUUCCAAAGAGUUCAUUCCAUUCGGUCAUGGCAAGCAUGCCUGCCCUGGCCGCUUCUUCGCCGUUAACGAGCUCAAGGCAAUGAUGGCGUAUAUCGUUCUACAUUAUGACGUGAAGCUCGAGGAGGGUGUUUCCCGGCCGGAGAACGUGUGGGUCUGGCACGAUGUCGCUCCAGCUGACACGAAGGUGCUCUUCCGCAAACGCCAAUCGAAGGUGGAGUGA